CCUUCUUCAGAAACGGGAUUUUUUUUUUUUUUUUUUUUUUCUCCCCGCUGCUUCAGGAGUUGCAAGCAUGUCGUGCUCACAAAUGACUCAUCUACCAGCAAAGCUGAGCCAAAGGAGGAGGCAUGAGUGAUGAUGUCAUCAAGACAAACCCAGGAGCUUCUCCACAAACAGUGAUCAGGGGGACAGCACCAUUUUACUGGAGCACAUUUUCUCCUUCACAACAUGCUAUAACUGGGACGUCACAGUGCUGGAGAGGGUGUCAGUAUGAAGGGCCCAAGCUCCAGAUGGGCCUUCUCCCUGGGCUUCUUGGUGGGGGCCUGCAGCGUCUACUUCUUCCUGCGCCAGGUGUGGUUUGAGAGGAGCUACCCUGUGCUGUCAGAGGCCCAGGAAAAAGCCACAACGGUGGGGGAGAGACCAACCAGCUGGAGGAAAGAGGGAGCUGCUCUCAUCAACCUGCUCCACCCUCACCAUGCAGAUGAAGACAGCCGGGUGGCAGAUGUGUUGUACCAGAAGGUCCGCGUUCUCUGUUGGGUGAUGACAGGGCCGUACAACCUGCAGAGCAGGGCCCGCCAUGUCAGGGCCACCUGGAGUCGCCACUGUAACGUGGUGGUGUUCAUGAGCUCUGUGGAGGACCCAGACUUCCCCACUGUGGGACUGGGCACUAAGGAGGGCCGCGACCAGCUCUACUGGAAGACCAUCCAAGCCUUCCAUUACGUGUACGAGCACCAUGCGAAUGAAGCAGACUGGUUCUUAAAAGCGGACGACGACACCUAUGUGGUGGUGGACAACCUGCGCUGGAUUCUGUCCAACCACACCCCUGAAGAGCCCAUCUACUUUGGUAAACGCUUCAAACCUUACACCAAGCAAGGCUACAUGAGCGGAGGGGCAGGCUACGUACUUAGUAAAGAGGCCCUCAAGAGAUUCGUAGAAGGUUUUCGGACCAAAGUUUGCACACACACCACCCCUGUAGAAGACCUAGCGCUGGGGCAGUGUUUGGAGAAGAUGGGCGUUGUGGCCGGGGACUCGAGAGACACUUUGCAGCGAGAAACGUUCCAUCCGUUUGUGCCAGAGCACCAUCUGACUGGCAAGUUCUCCAAGAGCUUCUGGUACUGGAGCUAUUGUUACUACCCAAUUGUUGAGGGUCCACAGUGCUGCUCCGACCUGGCAGUGUCGUUCCAUUAUGUGGAAGCAGAACUAAUGUACACACUGGAGUAUUACACCUACCACCUGAGAGCAUACGGCUACAGGCCACGCUACCGGCCGUCCCUACGCCAGGGACUUAGCCUCGGCACUCUCACGCAGACCACCGUGACGGCGGGAUUUGAAGGAGUUGGAGAGGUGACAGAUGGAAGGAGUCUCACAACUGCAGCCUUCUCAGUUAAUGGUAACCAAACCGAAGUGGAGACGGAGGAAGGAGAGAGAGACAAUCUGAACUCGCACCUCACUGAGAACAGGACUGCAGUCACACACGGUAGACGGCACUGAUCCUGUGUUUCAGAUGAGGCCGAAUGGGUUUUUAACUGUGAUGUGUCUGACGAAUCUACGUUAGAAACACUUGUAGCUACUGUCACUCAGUGAGAAAGAGCUAUUAUCGUGGCCACUGUCUUGGCUAACUGGUGUUUUCUUCUGACACAGUAUACCACAGCCAGUAUGACACUGUAUGCUCUCAGCACAGUGUGAUUCAGUGGGAGCUAAGAAUGGCUCUGCUAUUUUCAUUCAAGAUCACAAGAACACUUGGUUUAGCUUAAAUUAACUUUGACAUCAUCAGUGUCAGAAUUAGUGCGUUUGUGACGUUACACGGUCACAGAUGUUUGCUUGGAGUGAUGUAAGAAUAGCCGCAUAGAAUUUUAUUUUAAUGUGUUUUACAAGUACCUGAUCUGAGCCAAAAAUGCAGUGACAGAUGUAUGAAAUAAGCUCAUAAUUUUUUUUUUAUUCAUUUUCAUUUCAUUCAUUAUUUUCAAAACGUUUCUUCAAAUGGAGAACAACAGCAAAGUAUAUAGCCUCUUAUGGCCCCUUUGAUUUUCUGAUGUUAAUGUUUUUUCUGAUGUUAUAUCUGGUGUUGCUGAUGUUAGAAUUUUAAUUAUUUAUUCCGUUGUUUUGAAACAACAUGCAAAAAAAUUAAUUUCAAAGAGCCGUUGUAUCUUUGUUUGCAUGUUGCCUUUUAAUGUCAUUUUUGAAUCCUCUGCAAAUCGUGAUAUGUUUAUUUCAGUGAGAACGACUGUGCUGUGAAAGAUCUUGUUUUUAGCUUUGAAAGAUAUAAGACGCUCUGAUGCGGAAGUGUGCACUCGAAACCCUCUCUGCUUCUGUUUGGAAACACUGUAGCCUCUGAUGAACAUUAUUAUACAGAACUCCAAUGAUUUGCUCUUGUAGCAGGCGUGAUUGGACAUGACUGUGAGCACUGGAGCCAGGCUUGAAGAAUCACUCAUAAACAGCUUCAGGAAAAUGCACCAAUGUUUUAAAUGAAUAAAUUAUGUAUAAAAAAUUAUGUUUAUUUUGAACUUUGAAGAAACAGAAAUAACAUGAUAAAGAAAUAAUCAUCUUUCACUUCUAAUUAUGUUUUGUUUUCAGGUAAAGCAAAUACAAUCUGUGAAGUUUAUGGUCACUUUCAUAAGCCAGCCGGCAGUUUUACAGUGUGAAUCAUGGUUUAAUCGUUUCCAUCAGACAUUUCAUUCAUUGUCUGAUGAUGUGUUCUAUGUGAUCUGUCACUGUAGCCAGAUGAGAGUUGUUUCAGUCUACAGCCCCUGAAGAAACCUGCAGCACACAAAUACACCACAUUUAUAUAAUCAAUAAUGUAUAAUCAGCAUCAUGUGCAAAAUCAAUUAUUUAAUACACAGUAAAACUAAGGUGCACUGGCCUUUUAUGAUGAUUUAGAAUUGUUU